AUGUUCGUCUUCACUCCCGUAUACUUCCCAGAAGAGAGCUUGUGCAUCCUCACACUGACGACGGAGCCAUACCUCUGGAAGAAACGCCAGAGGAGGGACUCGAGAAACUCCAUGGGGGCUCCAUGGACACUCACAUACGUCACGGCUCCACUCCGAUUGGAAAUGGCUACAGAUCCAGAGCCAUCCGGCAACUGCAAGCUAAAGCAAGUUGAGUUAGAAAGGUUUAAGUGUGUAGAAGAAACUAAACAAAGAGGAGAAGAAACUAAACAAAGAGAAGAAGAAACUAAACAAAGAGAAGAAAAAACUAAACAAAGAGAAGAAGAAACUAAACAAAGUGAAGAAGAAACUAAACAAAGUGAAGAAGAAACUAAACAAAGUGAAGAAGAAACUAAACAAAGUGAAGAAGAAACUAAACAAAGUGAAGAAGAAACUAAACAAAGUGAAGAAAAAACUAAGCAAAGAGAAGAAGAAACUAAACAAAGUGAAGAAGAAACUAAACAAAGUGAAGAAGAAACUAAACAAAGUGAAGAAGAAACUAAACAAAGUGAAGAAAAAACUAAGCAAAGAGAAGAAGAAACUAAACAAAGUGAAGAAGAAACUAAACAAAGUGAAGAAGAAACUAAACAAAGAGAAGAAGAAACUAAACAAAGUGAAGAAGAAACUAAACAAAGUGAAGAAGAAACUAAACAAAGAGAAGAAGAAACUAAACAAAGAGAAGAAGAAACUAAACAAAGAGAAGAAGAAACUAAACAAAGAAAAGCCGACUUAGAGCUAGUUAGACUCAGAGGAGAAGAGGAAACUAAGCUGAAAAAAAUAGAGUUAGAGACAGUUAAAAUUAAACAGCAGAUGGCUGAGGCGCAGAUUAGGCUUAAGAAGAAAAAGCUAGAAACUGCAGCUGCUUCUAGUACUGCUAGUUUAAAAUGGCCAGAGGAUUCUUGGGUGACCAUUAUGCAAGGUCAGUUGUGCGGGAAGGCACAAGAGAUUUUCACCUCACUCCCUUUCGAAGACAUCUUUCAUUACCCCACAAUUAAAAAGAGGAUCUUGCAAGCGUAUGAACUCAAUGAAGAGGCAUUAAGACAAAAGUUUUCAGGUCUCAAGCGUGCACCUGCUCAGACAGUUACAGAUUUUUCUCGAGUAAAAAAGUAA